UGUGGGCUUUGGCUGUAGGUCUAGCACUUUCGCCGCUGCUCUCCGCUUUCAUAGGGUUUAUCUCUUCCUCCUCCCCUCUCGCGCACGGCAGCCGGAUUCCCUACCGGACGCGAGCUUGAAGAGAAGGUAGUUGGUCAGCAAACAGUCGAGAAUGACGUCCGUGCAGCUGUCCGGUGCCGGGGUCGCCGCGGUGGCCUUCAACAACAACAGUCUGCGCCUGUCUCAGACAUCGGCACUCAGGGUGGGCUCGUCAAGGCGCUUGUCUGGUAGCCUUGUCGUCAAGGCUGCCACUGUCGUCACACCAAAGUAUACCUCACUCAAGCCUCUGGGAGACAGAGUGCUCGUGAAGCUCGGUGUAGCUGAGGAGAAGACCAUGGGUGGGAUCUUGCUUCCAUCGUCUGCGCAGUCUAAGCCUCAGGGAGGCGAGAUUGUUGCUGUUGGAGGGGGCAGAACUAUUGGGGAUAAGAAGGUGGAGGUCAGCAUACCGACCGGAUCUCAAGUUGUAUAUUCCAAGUAUGCUGGGACUGAGGUUGAAUAUAAUAACUCCAAGCAUCUCAUUAUGAAAGAGGAUGACGUCAUUGGUAUUCUUGAGUCAGAUGACGUCAAAGACAUGAAGCCUCUCAACGAUCGGGUUCUGAUCAAGGUUGCCGAGGCUUCAGAUAAGACUGAUGGUGGCCUUAUCCUCACCGAGACAACCAAGGAGAAGCCAUCCAUUGGAACAGUCGUAGCUGUUGGUCCGGGUCGUCUCGACGAUGAAGGCACGAGGCAGCCACUGUUGGUGUCAGCGGGCAGCACCGUGCUGUACUCCAAGUAUGCAGGCGGUGAGUUCAAGGGUGCAGAUGGGACAAACUACAUUGUGUUGAAAGCAUCAGAUGUGAUUGCUGAGCUCUCCUAAGUGCGUGGUGUACUUAAGUUUUGAGCUCGCAAUAGACGCCAGCAUGAGUGGUAAGGUUGCUAUGUGGCAAUCACCAAUCUGCGGUGAUGCUACUUCGGAUUAUUAUAGAAUUAUAUGAGCAAACCACUUGUCAGGGGUUAAAGACAUUCACUGAAUUUGUUUACGAAGGCAGUUUCAGGGACGAAUACCUGUUUACCCAGCCUUUUACCGUCACGCAUGUCGAUUGCUGAUUAACUGAUUGUUGUGGCCGCA